UCUUGCGUUAAGGCUCCGAGGCUUAGCUGGCAACGCCACCAUCGCUGGCCGCCACUGACCAAAUGCCAUAUUACUCCGGCCGCCGAUAUUCGACAGUUUCGAGUUUCCCCCCUUCCUUUCUACCUAGGCAUAUCGCCUUUGGUAUAAGACUGACCAUUCCUUUUCUUCAAUAUUUACCGAUGGGAUAGUAAAUGUUAUGUCGCGACCCACGAGCGAUCAUUCUAUCGAAAGAUCAUAAAACCUUAAGAACCAGACGACUCGAAAUCCGUUCUAAAUACCCAGCCAACUAUUAUCUGAUUCAUUACUCUUUCAGUGUGGUCUCAUAACCCAUGCUUUGAACACCGCGGUGGCUAUAUUUGGGAUGUCAGAGUCAAUGAUAGGAUGGCAGGCCGGACCAACAGAACGCGGUACCCUCACUCUGGUUUAUAGUUGCCUAAUCACCAUGUUCACUUGUACCUGGUCGGUUCUGCACCUCAAUGUCCCUGAGCUCGACGAUGGGCCGUGGAAAGUGGCUGGGCGAAAAGCGAAAUGGAUGGCGAUUACUAUCCUAUUCCCCGAAUUCAUCUUUGCUAAGGCAAUUUGCGACCUGCGUGAGCUUGGAAAUGAAAUGGUUGAAUUAGAAAAGAAGGACCCGAAAAGUUUCGCGUGGACUGAUGCAUAUGACGACUAUGAUCACACCUAUAGCUGGCGGGUGGAUUAUGGCCCUCGAGCGAAACUCCUCUAUCGGAUUCUAGGGCUCGUCGAGCCAACAAUUGGCGAAGAAAAGCCCGUUAAGACGAUACUAGAGCGCCGGUCCCUUCAAGCCCCAGACAAAUCAUCAUACCACUCGCGUCAAGUUUGGACAAUAACACAUGCCUACUUUGCCAAUAUGGGUGGCUUGUUAUAUCCAGCAUACCGGUCACCGGAGUGGGUCGCUGCGGUCGGUAGCGGUAACUAUUUAUAUUAUCGAGCGCUUUCGGGUUCCAUCCUUAGCCAUCGUAAUGAGUGGGAUAGGGGCCAUCCGCUACAUGGUUUAGUCCUUGGAAAAAGAGAUAUAGAAGAUAAAAGCAAAGUAGAUUGGCUCCUCAGGUGUCUUACUGUCUUGCAGGUUGCAUGGCUUGUCUUAACAGUUCUCGUUCGGGGUGUGGAGGGCCUUCCAGUUACUCAGCUAGAAAUUGCCACUAUGGCAUUCUCCAUACUUGCAAUCGCCACAUAUGGAGCUAAUUGGUGGAAACCAAAAGACGUCUCGCGACCAAUACUCAUAAGGAAGCCGAGCAAUAUGAUUCCUAAAGAAAUGAUGCAUGACCCCGCCCGGAGCUUAACAUUGCGCUUAACGAACCUGGGGAUGACGCAAGACGAUGCUGUACAGAUCAGUGAACAAUAUCGUGUCCCAAAUGACGUUACUCAAAUGGAAGAAGGCGUACCGUUGAUUUUCAGUAUAAUGGCAGUCUCCUCAGUUGUAUUCGGGGGCCUACACCUCAUCGCGUGGGAUUUCGAGUUCCCGUCACAUGCAGAACUCAUCCUAUGGAGAGCCAGCAGCCUCACUUCCACAAUACUUCCCCUAAUUUCGCUAGGGUUGGACCUUCAUCUGAACUAUUUAGUGACUACCUAUACGAACAAUAAGGUAGCAUCCUCUUUCUUAAAGAUGUUAAAGCCCCUAGAUGGAUUCCCAGUAGACUUCUGGAAUACAUUGAAGAACCCUAUUUGGGAUUCCUGGGAUGACACCAGGAAAUUGGUUACUCGGGCUCGGUCAUCUAAAUGUCAAGGUGCUAGAAUUUUGGGACGAAUUUGAAGAUUACAUUUGUGGGAAUCUCGAGGUUUCUGACGACUCGCUCCCUCAAAUUAAGGUUGUUCGCCAUAUCAACGAUAAAAUAAACUGCUUGCAAAAAAAGUUGCAAGGACUCAUGAUUCGGAGGGACGUUUAUGCUCGAAAUUCUCGAUUUCUUAUGAUCAGCACCAGCAUAAUCUACACUGUCUCCCGUCUGAUUAUCCUUGUACUUUUAUUUACUUCCCUUAUGUCUGUUCCAGAAGGUGUCUACGAAAAUACCCCUUAGACUCGGUUCCUCCCUAGCUUUUCCUAAUUUGUUAUAUCGGGAUUUUCCCGCUUGAUUGUUGCGUGUAUUCUAGCUUAACUAGGGUUAACUGAAGGGGAAGGGGAAGGAUUUUAGGGGGUUCAGUAUCUGGUCUUGCUUUGUAUUGCUAGAAAUUAUUGAUUGCGUUGUUAACAUCACUAAUGCUCGAUAGGAUUUUCUUAAUUAUUGAAUGGGCGUGCGGCUU